GAAUUUGCUGUCAGCGCGUGCGGUUCGUUUUUGUUCGUUCGCUCGUCUGAAGAAUCGGAAUCGACACGAUCAAGUGGAGAGAAGAGGAGGCAAACAGGCAGGAAGGCGUUUCGUGUCGCCGCUUCCAAGACACUGUUCCAAAAAACUAUACCUAUAGAGAACUAUAGAUAUUCAGUUCUCAGGCAUUUUAUUUAUAAAUCCGAUAUUUUUGGAUCAAAAACUGAGUGGCCAGACAAAGUGCUGGCCAAGUGUUUAGCUUACAGUUCAUCUGUGUGUGUUUAAGUGUGUGUGUGUGUGAAUGUGAAAAUGUUGUUGUAAAACACAGGACAUAAUUCACACAACUUUCAAAAUUUCAAAGGCAUUUAAAUUUGAAAUUAAACCUAUUGUUGCAAUGAAGACAUUUAAUCAAAAUAUAAGCACGCUGCUGGCGUCGCUGCUGCUGCUCUGCAGCGUAGCUCCUCAACUGGCCAACGGCCAAUACCAGCAUCACCUGGACUCCCUGCAGUCCAAUGAGCUCUACGAGUUCCACGAAGGAUCCGAUGGAAGCAUCCAAUAUCUGGCCAAGGGCAACAGCGAACAGACGCUGCUCCAAUUGGAGCAACCGAUCAAUUUCUAUGGCGAGCAAUACGAACAGAUCUAUAUCAACACGAAUGGCAUUUUGACAUUCAAUGUGGAGUUUGCCGAGUACUUAAAUCAGGCCUUUCCCCUGGAGUAUCCCUCCAUAGCGGCCUUCUACUCCAAUGUGGACACCUCGAGCAGUGGCGAUGAUAGCAACAUUUCCAUCUUCCAAACACGCGAUCCCGCAUCCCUGGAACGUGCCCAAAGUUUGGUGCAAUAUGCCUUCAAUGAGGAAAAUGAAUUCGUGGCCGAACAAUUGAUUGUGGCCACAUGGCGCAAUGUGGGAUACUUCAACUCGAAGACGGACAGAUUGAACACCUUCCAGGUGGCGUUGAUUGCCAGCGAGCAGCGCACCUUUGUGCACUUCAUCUAUCCCCAGGGUGGACUCAACUGGCUGCAGGGCGAGACGGGAGAGCUGGGAUUGCCCGACAUCAGAGCCCAGGCGGGUUUCGUGGCCGAAGAUGGACGCUUCUACAAUCUGAAUGGUUCCGGAUCCGAGAAUGCCCGCUUCCUUAGCGAGAGCACCAAUCUGGGUGUGCCUGGUGUCUGGCUGUACCGUGUGGCUCCUCUCAAUCCCGGCGAGAAUGUGCAGGAACCCAACAACGCAGAGACCCGCACUGAAUCUCCUGCCUUGGCUCAGAGCUGUGGUGGCAAUGGACACCAGUGCGAUAGUCAUGCCCAGUGCUUUGACAAGUCCGAGGGUUAUUGCUGUGUCUGUACUGCUGGUUACUAUGGCAAUGGACGCACCUGUCUGGCCAAUGAUCUGCCCAUCCGUGUCACCGGCUCCUUGUCGGGCCAGGUGAAUGGACAGGUUGUGGAUGAGGAUGCCAAACUGCAAGCCUAUGUGGUGACAUCCGAUGCUCGCAUUUACACGACCAUCAAUCCCGUGAGGGACGAGCUGGCAUCCCAGUUGCGUCUGGCGUUGCCACUGCUGACCUCCGUGGGCUGGCUCUUUGCCAAGUCGCUCAAUGGAGCCACAAAUGGUUAUCAGGUGACAGGGGGACAAUAUGAGCACAUCUCCCGAUUGCAGUACGAGUCGGGAGAGUCGUUGCUGGUGACGCAGUUCUUUGAGGGAUUAAACUACUGGGAUCAGCUGACUGUCAGGAUACAGUUGAAUGGCACUGUGCCACGUGUGUCGCAUGCCACAACAUUGCAUCUGCCCGACUACACGGAUGAGUAUCGCGUUGUGCGUCCCGGCGAAAUCAUCUCCCUGCAAUCCCACAAGCUGGAGCUGGUUGAGGAGCAGCGUGUGAUUGGCUUCCAGUUGGAUCAGCGCAUCAUCUUCAACAGUUGCUUGCUCGAUGAUGAUGCCGAUCCCACCGACAGGACUGUGCUCCAGAAGGUCUCCAAGAUCUCCUUGGACUACUCGGAUCGGGAUCAGGCGGUCCGCGCCAACGCCCUCACCAAAAUCGGAGUCGAUACCGAGUCCAAUGCCUGCACCGAUGGAUCCGCCCAAUGUGGCGAUUAUGCCGUCUGUGUUCCCUACGAGGACACCUAUCGCUGUGACUGCCAACAUGGCUUUGCUGCCCAGCUGGAUGAGCGUGAGGUGGAGAUCUGUGUCGACAUCGAUGAAUGCUCCUCCGGCUCACACAUCUGCGAUGAGAAUGCCCUCUGCUCCAACAACGAUGGCGGCUUCAGCUGUGUCUGCGUCGAGGGAUUCGAGGGCAAUGGAUACCACUGUCUGCGCAAUAAUUCCGUCGAUAACAUCGAGUACUCCACUCCCCCAGACUUCACAGCCGACAACUCCCAAGGCUAUGCCAUUCAGGAGCCCCAACAGCCCCAACAACCCGAGCAGCCUGAGCAACCCCAGCAGCCGAGCUACGCCGAACCUGGUUAUCCUCUUGCAGGCGAACAUGUCGACUAUCCUCCUCACGAGGAAAAUACUCAGUAUCUGGAUGAGUGCCAUCGCUGUUCGCCGGAUGCGAAUUGCUAUGAGGGACGUUGUGGCUGCCGGGAAGGAUUCUCCGGAGAUGGCUACAGCUGUGAUCAUAUCUGCGGACACGACGAGGUGUGGGAACAUGGACGUUGUAUGCCCAUUCUGUUGGAUGAUCACGAGGUGGAAUCGAGCUGCGAUUUCAUGGGUGAAUGCAGUUGUCCCGACGGCUACGACUUGACCGAGGAUAGAAAGAGUUGUCGCUAUGCAGGCGUCUAUGAUGUGGAGAAGAAUGAAGACCUGGUGCCUUGCGACGUGGAUUCCAACUGCCAUGUCAAUGCCAGAUGUUUCUGGGAUGAUCACGAGUUGCGUCACAUUUGCACCUGCAACACAGGAUUCAGCGGCGAUGGAUACAACUGUGAUCCCAUCGAGGACUCCUGCGCCAUUAAACCAGAUAUUUGUGACUCACACGCCUCUUGCAACUACAACGAGCAGUUGGGAAAAUCCGAGUGCGUCUGCCAACGUGGUUACACCGGAGACGGCUAUCGUUGCCAACUGGCUCCGGAAUGCCAAGCUGCUGCCGACUGCGGCGAGAGUGCCUUCUGCGAUGGAGGAGUCUGUCAAUGCCACGACGGAUUCGAGCGGGAUCUCAGUGAUAUUUGUGUGCCAGCUGGACGCUGUGGCGGCGCCUUCUGUGGCUCCAAUGCCAUCUGCCGAUGGGACAAUAAGCUGGAUGUACAGUUCUGUGACUGCAUCGAGGGCUAUCAAGGCGAUGCUCUCGUUGGCUGUGUCAGCAUUCCCACACCCUGCAACGUGCGCAACAAUUGCGGCAUUCAUGCCACCUGCGAACCCACCGAAGAUCCAGCUAAUUAUGCUUGCCAAUGUAAUGCCGGAUUCCAUGGCGAUGGUUAUGUCUGCAUUGAGGAACAAAACUGCCUCAAUAAUCCAACUCUUUGCGACAUGAAUGCCAAGUGUCACUCCACCAACUCGGGACUCGUCUGUGUCUGCAAUCAAGGUUUCUAUGGCAAUGGCUCUGUGUGCUUUGAGAGGCAACAACACGACUCGGACUUCCUGCUUGUCAGCCAGGGUGUGGUGAUUGCACGUGUUCCUCUGAAUGGACGCAAUGUGCAGCCCAUUAAGGUGACCUCGAUGGCCAUUGGCCUGGACAAGGAUUGUGUGGAGGGACGCGUCUACUGGGGCGAUAUUUCGGCAAAGAAGAUCCUGAGCGCCAAAUACGAUGGCACCGAUGAGCGUCCAUUUAUCACCACAGACGUUGAAUCGCCUGAGGGCAUUGCCAUUGAUGCCAUCUCACGUCGCCUGUACUGGACGGAUUCGGUGAAGGAUACUAUUGAGGUGGCCAGUCUGGAUGAUCCCUCACUCCGCGCUGUCAUCAUCAACAAGAAUCUGGUGAAUCCUCGCGGCAUUGCCGUUGAUCCCUACAGAGAAAAACUCUACUGGUCCGACUGGGAUCGCUCGAAUCCAAAGAUUGAGUUCUCUGAUCUGGAUGGCACUGGUCGGGAGCUGCUCUUGGGCUCCGAUGCUGUCCAGUUGCCCAACUCACUGGUGGUGCUGGAUCACAGUGGUGAGCUAUGCUAUGCGGAUGCUGGCACCAAGAAGGUGGAGUGCAUCAAUGUUUCCAGCCGUCAGAUUCGCACCAUUUCCCAGGAGCUCAGCUAUCCAUUUGGUGUGACCUUUACGCACGAUCAAUUCUACUGGACCGACUGGACGAGCAAGAAGCUGGAGAUCGCGGAUAGCGAAGGAGUACGCCAGAAGCCCAUCCAGACGCCCUUCUUUGGCAGCCACAAGAUGUACGCAAUGACCGCCGUGGUGCAGAACUGUCCUCAAUAUCAAAGCCCCUGCCAGAUCAACAACGGAGGCUGCACCGAUGCUCGCCUCUGCCUGGUCAACCGGAAGGCUCCGUCCGGCAAGAGCUGCAAGUGCACCAGCGCCUCCACGGGUUGCACAGUGUCCUCGCCCUAUGCCUUUGCACAACCACGCAAAUAAAACUACAAUUAAAUUAAUUAACUAAAAGAAAAACAAAUGAAAUUAUAAUGAAGUGAAUAUUUUUGUAUACGUAUAACAGAGAUAACUAAGAACAGGAACCAAAAAAACAAACCAAAUAUUAAAUAUAUACUAAUGUCUGUGCCAUUUUUUGUAAAUCUACUCAAUCUAAUAAAUCUCUAUAUAUUAAACUGA